CAAACAGGUGUUGCACCGGACACCAUCCCUGGAACAGGUGUCGGUAUCGACACCACCCCUGGAGCAGCUGCUGCCAUGGAUAAGACCAAUGGAGCUAAUGUUGCCAUGGACACCAUCAGUGGGGCAAGUGUUGCCAUUGACACCAUCAAAGGAGCAAGUGUUGCCAUGGGCAAUAUCAAUGGAGCCACGGACACUCCAGCAAAGAUGUCAACUCAGGCUUCUCCCACCUCCAAAUUACAGGACUUCAGUGAAACAAUGACGUCGUCGAUGUUGCUGAACACUGAUGGUGACCUGACUGCUGUUGAGGCACUGAUGCAGAUGAAGUCUCCCCAGCAUGCAGGGAUAAGGCCACAUCUGGUAGGUCCAGCUGGAGACAGGAUGACAUGUCCCAGUGUUCUGCAGAAGGCUGUAAGUGUCCCAGUGUUGAAGUGUACUCCAGAUGGUAGAGUGAUCAAGACCCCAGCAGGUGCUCCAGCAGUAUUCAAGUCUGUCAAACUGUCGCCAACUUUGCCUCCAAGUCCUGGAAAAGAUUUGCAGUCUGAGCUUGAAAUUGCAUCAACUUCAGCCGAUGUCCCUCAUGAAGAUGAUGUUGAUGAUGAUGAUGAUAAUGAUGAUGGUAUUUCUAAUGAUGAUGAAAUAAUAGAAGAACCUGUCAGGAAGAAGAGGAAGACAAAGAAGGAUUUAGAUUGGACCCCUGCUAAGCCAGUUCGUAAGUCUCUCCGCAACAGCUAUGAAGGAGUUUCAAAAAUUGUUGCCUCUCUCCUCAGGCAGAAGAAACCCAGAGGAACUGUGAAGAAGAUGAAAGCCAAAGCUGAUGUUGCUGCUGCUGGAGAUGCUGCUGAGGGUGUAGAGGAGAAUGGCGAGCCAGAUCGAGAGUUUGUGAAAUGCAACAUCUGCCGUAGUCUACAGCCGUGGGAGGAGCUGCGACAGCACAUAGACACGGAACAUGGAAUCAACGCCUACCAAUGUGGGCUGUGCUCAAAGGGCUUCGACAGCAACGUGGAUCUCCACAUGCAUCUGUUGGGGCAUGAGAAAGACGACCGCAUCAAGAGGACUUUGUCGCUGUUGACUGGGGACACGGAGGUGAGGAGGCAGCUGGCCAGCACAGGGGUGAGUUCGGGUUUGAGCGGGGAAGCAUCGGCAGCCAUCUUGGCCCUGGAACGGGGUGGGGAUCUCAAAGAGGUGCUGGCUACGGUGGAGGUUGACGUGGAAGACCUCAUCAACACUGACAUAGACACCAGCAAUAAAGAGGAAGAGACAAACAAAGAGGACAUUGUCAACAUUGACACAAAGACCAGCACUAAAGACGGAAAGACUAUAGUCACCAUGUCUAAUGUUAAGAGCAGUGUGGAACAUGGUGAUAGUGGAUCAAGUCAAAACCAGACAAGUGUUGAGACUUCUUCAAAAAGAAAUCAAGAGGACAUAAAUGUAGAUUCUAGUAAGAGUACAAAACCUCCUCCCGAUGGGGAUUCAUGCAUCGAGAACCCCACCUCUACUGAAACCACAUCAGGUGCCAAUGAAUGUUCAGAUGACGUAAAGCAGCCUGGAGAUUGUGCAGCUUGUCGUGAAUCAUUCAUGUCCUCAUUCUCACUGAAGAAACAGAACUCAGAAUUGCCUAUGAUGGAGCAUACAUGUGACAGGGCAGCAUCAGAGGAAUGCUGGGACAGAGAGUCGGGAGACGAGGGUCGAGAGGGCCUCACAUGCGUGUGUGGUCUGUGUGGCUACAAGUUCGUCAAUGUCAACCUGCUCACCAGGCAUGUGAAGGCUCACUACAGAGAAAAGCCUUUCUCCUGUGAUAUGUGCAGCAAGAAGUAUGCGCGCCGGGACGAACUCGUGAAACAUCGGAUGUCACAUCAGGCCGUUGUUGUUAACAAGCCUAAACAGGAGCGGAGGAAGUUCCUGCCGAGAACGAAAUCGGGAAAGUAUCCGUGUCAUCUGUGUAAGGAACAGUUCAAGACAUACCAGAGCAGAUACACACACGUGUUGUGUCAUGAGAGUGAUGAGGCUACUAGUGAGAAAGUUGACAUUGAUAAACCCAGAGACAAAUCCAGUCUGUUUAAACCCACGGACAAGUCAAACGUGACAUGUGACGUAUGUGGUCUCGUGUUGUCCGGGCCUCGGCACCUUGUUCGACACAAACUCAUUCACACGAAUGAACGCCCAUGGCUGUGUCAGGAAUGUGGGAAGAGUUUCCUGCGCAGUGACGAUCUACGUGUUCACCAGAGACGACAACACAGCAAUGUUGGAAACUCUGACGCCAACAAGGAGUCAAAGUUCAGGAAAGUUUGUCCUUUCUGUAAACGAGUCUUCACCUCUUUCAACUCCUUCCGCAAUCAUGUGAAAACCCAUAAGAGCGAGAGGCUGGACGGAAGCCUCUGCGCUUAA